GUAAUAAUCAUCAUCGUCUUCACACUUUCUCUUUCAAUUUUCUUUCAGUUUCUCAUUGUUUACCGGAAUCUUUCUUCAUGUUUUUUUUAUCAAAGUGCAAACAGAAUUCUGAGAUAAAGUGACUUUCCCUCCCUAAAUCACAUCGCAAGAGAGAAUUGAAGAGAAACUCAACAGCCUUUGUCUAAAUUUAUAAAGACUGUUUUCCUUUAUUUAGGGUAGUAAUAGUUGUAGUAUUAGUAUAUCCAUCGAAAAUUCUUCUUUUCGACUGAUAGAAACACUUUCUUGGACAAUCUUGAAAAGGGCUUGGGAUUUUGCUGAGAAAACAGAGAAACGAUGUGGUCAAGCGACAAAAACUUAUCAGGGAGGGGUUUCUUGACCCCACAGCCCCCUGCAUGGAAGAAAACGCAGUUCACCACCGUCUUGCCAUUGUCAGAGAGGAAAAGGAUUUCGCCGGAAAAUAAUGGAGACUUUCAUGUCAUUCAUAAAGUGCCAGCUUCCGAUUCUCCUUAUGGCAGGGCAAAGCACGUUCAGUUGAUAGACAAGGACCCAAAUAAGGCCGUUUCCAUGUUCUGGGCAGCCAUUAAUGCUGGAGAUAGUGUUGAUAGUGCAUUGAAAGACAUGGCUGUCGUAAUGAAACAACUGAAUAGAACUGAUGAGGCUAUUGAUGCAUUGAAAUAUUUCCGCCUUAUUUGUCCUCGUUAUUCUCAGGAGUCUCUUGAUAAUGUCCUUAUUGAACUCUACAAGAGGUCUGGAAGAGUUGAUGAAGAGAUUGAAAUCCUUCAGAACAAACUGAGGAACAGCGAGGAAGGAACCGUUUUCGGUGGGAAGAAGACAAAGAUUGCAAGAUCUCAAGGGAAGAAGAUUCAAAUUACUAUUGAACAAGAGAAAUCAAGGAUACUAGGGAAUCUGGCCUGGGCAUAUCUCCAGCAACAUAAUUAUGGAAUUGCUGAACAACAUUACAGAAAAGCUCUGUCUCUGGAGUCAGAUAAGAAUAAGCAAUGCAACCUGGCAAUAUGCUUGAUGCACAUGAAUAGGAUCAGUGAAGCAAAGUCACUGCUUCAAGAUGUUAAAGCUUCAGCUGGAACCGAAGAGAUGGAUGAAUCCUACUUGAAAUCGUAUGAACGUGCAAUGGAAAUGCUGGCGCAAGUAGAGUCGCAGUCAGUUAGAGCCGUCCGUGGCACAGGAACAGGAUAAAGGGAA